UUCUCGGUUCGCUCGAUCGCAGGGCCAGUACUCAAGUCACUUCGUGCCUUCCUCCUUUGUUCUCGAGCUCCCCCCUACGUCUCCCCAUUGCCUACCACACAUCACAUCCACCCUGCACCAUCACAACAUGUCAGCCCCACGACCUUACGAGAUCAAUGUUCCUGAUGAAAACAUCGAACGUCUCAAGCAGAAGCUUGCUUUGACUGAUUUUCCUUAUGAUGCGGCUGAUUUCGACGGCACAUCUUGGGCACAGGGACCGCCGGUCAGCGAGAUCAAGCGCCUUGCCCAGGUUUGGGAGAAAGAGUACGAUUGGCGCAAGGUUGAGAAGCAACUCAACCUAUUGCCACACUAUCGGGUAUCAGUCCCCGUAGACAGUCUCGGUCAUACAUACGACAUCCACUUCGUCCACAAGAAAAGCCAGCGCAAGAAUGCUGUUCCCCUUCUUUUCCUGCAUGGAUGGCCUGGAAGUUUCAUCGAAGUUACGAAGAUCAUUGACGGCUUGACCGGAGGCCAAGGCGAUAAAGGACCGUUUUUUGAGGUUGUGGCGCCUAGUUUGGUGGACUUUGGGUUCUCUUCGCGUAGCACGGUGAGUUUCAGAUUUCAACAUCAUGCCGAGGUAUACCACAAGUUGAUGAAGACACUCGGUUACGACCGAUAUGUCGUACAGGCAGGAGAUGUAGGAUCUCUUGUCUCCCGCUAUAUGGCUAAACAAUAUGGCUCAUCCGGAUUCACCGCCUACCACACCAAUACACCCGCACCAGCCGAACCCACAAAAGAACAGCACCCGGAGUUACACGCAAAACUCCAGUCAACGUCUUUGACAGACGCCGAACAACAAUGCCUAGCAAGAACCGGCAAAUUCAUGUCGAGCGGCCAAGGUUACUUCACCGUGCAGUCCACCCGUCCAACGACCAUCGGCUACAGCUUACGCGACAGCCCCGUCGCGCUCCUCUCCUGGAUCUACGAAAAGCUAAAAGACUGGAGCGAUGACUAUGCGUGGACCGACGAAGAGAUUUUGACAUGGGUCAGCAUCUACUAUUUCUCUACAGCUGGCCCAGAGGCGUCUUCCAAUGCGUAUUACGCCAUGGUGAAUGACAGCCCACCAGCCUUUGCUGCUGCCGCUGCAUAUGUAGACGUCCCUAUGGGCAUCUCUAGGUUCCAGAAUGAUCUUGUUGUCUUGCCUAAGCUGUGGAAUCAGACGCUGGGUCCGAUUGUGUUGGAGAGGGAGCAUGGUCGUGGUGGUCACUUUGCUGCGUGGGAGAGGCCUGAUGCUAUCGUUGAAGAUGUGCGUGGAAUGUUUGCUGCUGGUGGCCCUUUGGAGAAUAUCUUUGCUUCCUAG